ACUUCGGGAAAAAUGGAAAAAGUAACAGGCGUAAAAACUGUAUCGGUGCAUCCGCUUGCAAGAUAAGGACCGACAGCGAUGGACCUGCAUGUUUUCUCCCUGAAGUGGUUUUCUAACUGACAAUGGUGUCGAAGGAGGAAAAAACUCAGUUUUUCUCGCAAUUCCAUUGAAAGUUUACAAAUGGAGAAAGGAGCAAGUCGGGAGUCAUGAGCACAGGUGUGAAGAAGCCACCAUUAGCGCCCAAACCUAAACUCCCUGGUACCACCAAACCCUCCCCCCCGCCCAUCGCCCCCAAACCAGGUCUCCUCUCCCAGCCUCCCAUUGUCUCCCAACCUUCCCCGUCUACUCUAAAGAGGACAAAACCGGCUGUCGCCCCCAAACCAUGCAUUCCUAAAUCCGUCGCUUCCCCUGUUUCAACCCCGCCACCUAAACCCAGUGAACCCCCCCUCCUAUGUCAGGAACAGCAGACAGCUUUAGGUGAUAACCUCUCCCUUCUCAACUCCAAAAAUGGGAUUUUAUCGGAGACUAACAAACGUGACUCGGAUUACAUCAUUCCCACCUGCUCUUGUGGGCUCCAGGACUGUUCCCAGUGCCAGCAUCUGGAAAAUGGAAGUACAACUGAGAGCGAUUUUCACAAAGAGCCGUUGCAGAAUGGGAUUUCUACAAAAGGAUUCACAGAGACGAGGCCACAAGUGAAAGAAAAACGCCCGGAGGAGGGAGUAGCUGUGGAUAAGGUUGAAGGUGGAGGGAUUGGCAAAAAGCCCAGGGAUAAACCUCAAAGACAGAGACACCUGGAGAGGGAUUUGUCUAACAAAGAAGCACAGAGGACUGAGGAGCAGGAGGAGGCUGUAAAACAUGAGGAAAGUGCUGUUGCUGAGCCUGAUUUUUCAAUAGCAGAUGUAGAGACUGAGGCCCAUAACAUAGAUUUAACAGACUCAGUCUUGGAUGUUGCAGGCAGCAUCAUUAUCUCCCCCUCUAUCACUCCUCAUGAGUCUUCUCCAGAAUCCUUUCAGGUGGAGCAUAUAAUCACAGCCUCUCCCACCAGGUUACUCCCUGAUCUGCAGGUCCCUGCUGCCCCCAGUAAGCCUCUCCCAGUGCCUCACCCACGCAAACUUAAAAAGCCUGCCCUGGUGAGGCAGGAUGGCGUGGAGGGCAGUGCCCAGGAUCAGGUGACGGAGGAACAAACACUUGAGAUGCGAGAGGAUGAGGGGAGUCAACCUGGUCUGUCUCUCAGUCAGGAGGGAGAGGAGCUCAGACAGGACUCGUGUGAGGAACUUUUACCCCAAAAAGACUCAUGUUUGGGAGACGAUGAAGCCGACGCGCCCGUCCCCCCUCCUCGACAGACCUCCCUCUCGCCUCGCCUUCACAGGACAGUCCACAUGUCACCCUUUCUUAACAAAAACACCUCCCACUCCUUAGUCCUGCUCUCACACGCUGACUCAAUGAGCCACCAAAAAGGAGGAGCGGACCACCGGGUGGAGGAGGACGAAGAGGACGGGUAUGGCGACUUUGAGCGCUACCCCAUCACUCACAGCCUCCCCAAACAGAUCAAACUUGGCUGUAAUCCCCCUCUGGGUAACGCCAGGAGAGCUUUCUCUGCCGAGGAUCAGCCAAGUGCGCCCCCCAGGAAACCUCAGAGACACAGCCUGCCAGCAGCACACUGCCCACCCUCCUUUUGCCCCCCUGCACCUCCACACGCUAACACCCCCAUGAGGGAGCUGCCUGCGCCUCCUCAGGAGAAAACGGCCUGGCGCUUCACCCGACCCUGCGUGACCUUCUUCAGCCGGCAGAUUCCCUCCAGGAGCAGCAUGCCUCCAAAGAGCCGGGCUCCAGCACUGGGGGGUAAACAGAGGGCGCAGUCUUUCUCUGCAGCAGACCUGGCAACCCGGGCAGACUCUCAUAAGAGGAGCCUCUCUUUCCGGAAGCUGCUGGAGCUCCGGCUGUCUGUCAAGAUGCUCCCAAAGCUGCUGGCCAAGGGAGGGCAGUCUCUGGACUGUACCAGCGUGGAGUCCACCCGGGGGGAGAGGAGGCUGGAGCGGCCCACCAGCUGCAUAGUCGAGUCUGAUAUCUGUGGAGAAGAUGGAGAUGGGUCAGUGGAGUAUGAGAACGUCCCUCUGUAUGAGGAAAUCCCAGAGUACAUGAACCUGCCGUUCCAUGGUGCGAGGCUGGGCUGGCCUCACGACCCCGACGGAGCAGAUUCAGACAUCUAUGAAGUGCAGGAUCCCUAUCACAGGAACAACGACCACGAGUACGAGGGCAGUGGUUGGCUGGGGCAGGACGUCCACUCUGAGGAGGAAGAGAUCCACAGUUCAGAUGAAGAGGACAACAGCUCCUCCUCCAGCAAGGAGCACAUGGACGAGGCCGACCGACAGCAGGAGGAUGAGAUGAAGAGGAAGAAAUUGGUGCACAUCGCCCAGGAGAUCAUGAGCUCCGAGAAAGUGUUUGUGGAUGUCCUGAAGCUUCUUCACAUAGACUUUCGGGACGCUGUUGCCAAGGCAACCCGUCAGAAUGGGAAGCCGGUGGUGGACGAGCGGAUCCUCAGCCAGAUCCUGUACUACCUGCCUCAGCUGUACCAGCUGAACAGAGACCUGCAGAGGGAGCUGGAGGACCGAGUGGCACACUGGAGCGAUCACCAGAGGCUGUCGGACAUCUUUGUUCAGAAGGGUCCUUACCUGAAGAUGUACUCCACCUACAUCAGACAGUUUGACAACAACGUGGCUCUGUUGGACGAGCAGUGCAGGAAAAACACCGCCUUCGCCGCUGUCGUCAAAGAGUUUGAGAUGAGUCCAAGAUGUGCGAGCCUGGCUCUGAAGCACUACCUGCUGAAGCCGGUGCAGAGGAUCCCUCAGUACCAGCUGCUGCUCACAGAUUAUCUAAAGAACCUUCCAGAGGACUCUGAGGAUUAUAAAGACACCCAAGCGGCCCUCGGCAUAGUGAAAGAAGUGGCCAACCACGCUAAUGACAUCAUGAAACAAGGGGAUAACUUUCAGAAGCUGAUGCAGAUUCAGUACAGCCUCAACGGCCACCAUGAGAUCGUUCAGCCAGGCAGGGUGUUUCUGAAGGAGGGCACUCUAAUGAAGCUUUCCAGGAAAGUCAUGCAGCCUCGCGUAUUCUUCCUGUUCAAUGAUGCACUCAUGUACACCACUCCCGUCCAGUCCGGCCAGUAUAAACUCAACAGCGUCCUCUCUCUGGCCGGGAUGAAGGUGAGUAAACCGAGCCAGGAGGCCUAUCAGAACGAGCUGAACAUCGAAAGCGUUGAACGUUCUUUCAUCCUGUCUGCCAGCUCGGCUACAGAGAGAGACGAGUGGCUGGAGGCCAUCGCUAAGGCCAUAGACGACUACACCAAGAAGAAAAUCACCUUCAUAUCCAGUCGAAGUCAGGAGGAGGCGGAGUGUGUGGUGGACACCGGGGCCCCGCUGGGUUCGAAGGCUCCGAUCUGGAUCCCAGACCUGAGGGCCACCAUGUGCAUGAUCUGCACCUGCGAGUUCACGCUCACCUGGAGGAGGCAUCACUGCCGCGCCUGUGGACGGGUGGUGUGUCAGGCGUGCUCGGCCAAUAAGUACUACCUGGAGUACCUGAAGAACCAGCCGGCACGUGUGUGUGAUCACUGCUUCGUCAAACUGCAGGAGAAUAGUGACCGCUGUGCUUCAACAUCAGUUUCUCCAAUUAAACCUGGAGCUUUCUCCUUCACCAGGAAACAGAAGAAGAUCCCUGCUGCACUAAAAGAGGUGUCCGCCAACACUGAGAACUCCUCGAUGAGCGGCUACUUAAACCGGUCGAAAGGAAACAAGAAGCAGUGGAAGAGGCUGUGGUUUGUCAUCAAGAACAAAGUCCUGUACACCUACGCUGCCAGCGAGGAUGUUGCUGCGUUGGAGAGUCAGCCCUUGCUCGGGUUCUUCCUGAGAGAGGAGAAGAACGGGCCGGCUCAGAAGCUGCAGUUUAAGCUGUAUCACAAAAACACGCUGUUCUACAUCUUCAAAGCUGACGACAUCCCCACCGCACAGAGAUGGAUCGAAGCCUUCCAAGAGGCAAUGAUCCUCGAACAGUAAUUGUGUUUUGGCAGCCGUGAAGUCACAUCACAGCUCCGGAGCCAGUGGAUCGAAAACGUACGACCCCCGGCUGAUUUCAGGUCAGGGGUCCCUGCUCAGGAAGGACUCCGGUCGGACUGUUCACUUUAAAACAGAAAUACACUGCAGAACAUUACUGUAUGUGGGGGUGGGGGGGGAAACCUGACUCUAAGGACUGGAAUCUGAGGUCAGAGUUAAUAGAUGUUGCAGCUGCGGGUCAAAGGUCAAGUCCAGAAGCACGUCUGUGGAAGUGAGACAGAUCAGUGGUCAGGAAUAUUGAAAGGAAGUCUGGGAAUUAUAUUUAACUGCAAACGGAUGAAGGAACUACUUUUUGUGUGAAACGAAAUAUACAAAACUGUGCGCAUUCCUUCAAGCAUGUUGACAUUGGCUACGAUAAGUAUUUUAAAUCCUACUGUGUGGUUUUUCUUAAAGGGAUAGUUUGGAUUUUAUGAAGUGACUAUGAAUGAGUACCCUAUACAAGCCCACUUCAAAAGAUCAGAACUAUGACUUUCAUGCAAAAUCUCAAGAUGCAAUCUUCAAAUACACAUCUCAAAAUAUUCCACAUUGUAACAUGUCAUCUAAAUCAUGGUUGCACAGUAUUGCAGAUGUCUGUUUAAGAGUUUCAGGAUGUAACAAGGUGGGAUUUUACUGUGAAAAUCCGCUCUUUAAAGAAUCAGGAGCUGUUCUGCUCUUUAGUUUGAUCUCUCUGGUUAAGAGAUUUAACUCCUAUAUUUUUAAAGUUAACAUACAAAACAUUCAAAUGAUGGUUUUAAAAAACGACAUCCUGGAGAAAACUGGAAAUGUCACGAAUAAUGUAGAUAUGUUUCAUACAUUUUAAAAUGUAUUUUUGCCUGUUUAGCCACAUUGGAAAUGGUUAAUUGGUAAAACUGUGUAUAUGGACAUGAAAGAGCAACAUUGACCUUUUUUAUAUCAAAGCCGAGAGCUAAUAUUUAUAAAAUAGGAAGAUUUAUUGUUUUAAAAGCGCAGGCUGCGACUUGUUUUGGGAGUCAGGGUUUUGUAGGAAAUAUGUUUCCAUCAGUUAUUCUUUUAAAACUUAAAAGGUAACUUUUUAGAAAAAGGGGAUUUUUUUUAACGGGCAAAUACUGUGGAAAGUAUGCAUUAACUAUAUUUCUAAGGAAAUGCUCCAAAGGAAGAAGACAUUUUGAAUUGUUGUAGACAUUUGUGCCUUUUUUAUCUCCUGCUUUGAGAAUAAUUGCAAUAAUAUAGGUGCUCUGUUUGACAGUCUUCACUAAAUCAGGACACAUUUAGGCAUCCAGUUUGCAUGACUACUCACUUUCUAACCAGGGUACUCGAGGUUUGUAGCUUUACAAACGAUCAUUUAUCAGGUCGGUUUCUUCUUGGUUAGGUUGCCGUAUGUUGCACUACCCCAUUAUUUCACAGUGGGAGGAAUCCAAAUCCUGCUUUCUUUUAGUGAAGGAAUAAAACGUUGAAUUCUGUCAUUGUAGCUCUGACUGCUAUUGUGUCUCAUUCAGAUGUGUAUUUAGUGGAAAUGAAUCAGUAAACAGUUUCCCAGGAUGCAUUUCCUCAUGAUUGUACAUUAACAGUGACCAUUUGUAAAGAUCUGCUCUAUCAGAGUUAGAGUCUCCUAUAAACAAGGAUUUUAAACUGUCAGGCAACAGUUUUAAAUAAAGUAUAUAUAUAAAAAAGA